CUCGUUGCACACUCUUAUUUUGAUAGCAAGGGGAGGCUCCUACAAUGCUUAGUCAUGGUGAGUUAUAGCUUUCCCAGUUCUUGUGGCGUACAGCUAGGCGGACAGCGAUGGUGGAUCUAGAUUACACACUGGAACACAGAAUACAUCGUCACCGUUAUUCAGUACAGGAGCUCGGUUAGCGGAUGGACAUGGUCACCAUGACCAGCAGGAAACUGGGUGUGGAGACGUGACCGUAGUGGAGCUCUCUUGUUUCUCACUUCUGGACAUGCUUCUGAGUUGUUGAUCACAGCUGACGGCUUCCCUGUAAACACGUUUCCUGAGUGUCACUGCUUCUAGGAAGGCUUUUCCAGAGAAAUACAGCUGCCAAGUCUCAGCCCGGAGGCCACAACUUCUGUUCACGUCACUUCUGGCACGUUGCACAACCUGGUUCUCCCACCCUGGCUAUGCAGAGUUGACAACACUUCCACCGCUUGGACAAGUACAUCUCACGCUGCCAUUGGACCUCUAAUGCUCUAGAACUAAUGCAAAUCUGAUCUUUUUUUUUUUAUUAUUACAACCUUUUUGGGAAUUAUUUUCAAGUUGGUCAGCAAGGCAUGAACUUUAGUGAUAAUGGAAAAUUAUGCGAAAGACACGCGUUCAAGAGAACGUUUUCUUCCUUUGUUUGACCUGCGUGUUGUAGUGUCUGAAGCCGAGCUUGAGGUCAGAAACAAACCACAACAACUUUCGAACAAACUUCCAAUCCGUGGAACGAGGAGCUGACUGGUGCUUGGAUCUAGUCCUGUUGUACCUGGUGUUUCGUACCUGGUUUGACUUGAAACCCUUCAUCUCGCUUUCCCUGUCGGAUCACACAACGGGGACGGAGUAAUCCUCGGACACAGCGGCCUUGCCCUUCCCUGCUUGUCCUCACUUUCUCUCUUUGUCAAUGAAAGAGAAGGUGGUGAUUGCUGCCAUUUAGAAGUAUUUUGUUGUAAUUUCUGAGAGGGCAUCAUGGUUGUUCUGAAAGGCUGAGCGAAGACACCCACAACAACUGCCCUCUGAUUUGAGGAAAACCUCCAAACGAGCCCCGCUGGAAAGGGUCCGGAGCCCUCCCAUUCCUUCUCCUUUCAUACUGUACAACAUCCCGCGUGCGCAGGGAGGAUGUCGGUUGAUUCAGCGGGUGGCAACUAGAGAGGAGGACGACGACGACGACGACGACGAGGGAGAAGGAGGAGCAGGAGCAAGGAGGGGCGACGAUGACGGAGUCCAUGACCGAGUGCAAGGCCCUGGUGACGCCGUCCACCCGUAACGGCCACCGGGUGUUCAGCUACACGCUGGGCAGCCACACGGCGGCCGCCUUCGCCAUCAUGAACGAGCUGCGGCAGGAGCGGCAGCUGUGCGACGUGACGCUGCGCGUGCGCUACAACGACCUGGACGCGGUGGACUUUGUGGCGCACAAGGUGGUGCUGGCAUCCUCCUCGCCCGUGUUCAGGGCCAUGUUCACCAACGGCCUGAAGGAGUGCGGCAAGGAGGUGGUGCCCAUCGAGGGGAUCCAUCCCAGGGUGAUGGAAAGGCUGAUCGAGUUUGCCUACACUGCCAGCAUCUCUGUGGGGGAGAAGUGUGUGAUCCACAUCAUGAACGGUGCGGUCAUGUACCAGAUCGACAGCGUGGUCAAGGCCUGCUGCGACUUCCUGGUGCAGCAGCUGGACCCCAGCAACGCCAUCGGCAUUGCCAACUUUGCCGAGCAGAUCAGCUGCACGGAGCUGCACCAGAAGGCCAGGGAGUACAUCUAUAUGAAUUUCAGCCAGGUGGCCACCCAGGAGGAGUUCUUCAACCUGUCCCACUGCCAGCUGGUCACCCUCAUCAGCCGGGACGAGCUCAACGUGCGCUGCGAGUCGGAGGUGUUCCACGCGUGCGUGGCGUGGGUGCGCUACGACCAGGAGAACCGCCGGCCCUACGUGCAGGCCCUGCUGCAGGCCGUGCGCUGCCACUCCCUCACCCCCAACUUCCUGCAGACCCAGCUGCAGUCCCUGGACUGGGACUGGGACCCGCAGUGCAAGGACUACCUGGCCCAGAUCUUCCAGGACCUCACCCUCCACAAGCCCACCAAGCUCAACUCCUGCCGGACCCCCAAGGUGCCGCAGCUCAUCUACACGGCGGGGGGCUACUUCAGGCAGUCGCUCAGCUACCUGGAGGCGUACAACCCCUGCACGGGGGCGUGGCUGCGGCUGGCGGACCUGCAGGUGCCCCGCAGCGGGCUGGCGGCGUGCGUCAUCAGCGGGCUGUUCUACGCCGUGGGCGGCCGGAACAACGCGCCCGACGGCAACAUGGACUCCAACACGCUGGACUGCUACAACCCCAUGAACAACUGCUGGCUGCCCUGUGCGCCCAUGAGCGUGCCCCGCAACCGCAUCGGCGUGGGCGUGAUCGACGGGCUGAUCUACGCCGUGGGCGGGUCCCACGGCUGCAUCCACCACAACAGCGUGGAGAGGUAUGACCCUGAGAGGGACCAGUGGCAGCUGGUGGCACCGAUGAUGUCGCGGCGCAUCGGGGUGGGCGUCACGGUCAUCAACAGGCUGCUGUACGCCGUUGGGGGCUUCGACGGCACCCACCGCCUCAGCUCCUCAGAGUGCUACGACCCCGACCGGGACGAGUGGAGCCCCAUGUCCUCGAUGCACACGGUCCGCUCCGGAGCAGGUGUGUGCGCGCUGGGCAACCGCAUCUACGUGAUGGGCGGCUACGACGGCACCAACCAGCUGAACACGGUGGAGUGCUACGAGGUGGAGACGGACAGCUGGAGCCUCGCUGCGUCCAUGAGGCACCGGCGUAGCGCGCUCGGGGUCACCGCGCACCACGGACGCAUCUACGUCCUGGGCGGCUACGAUGGCAACACGUUCCUGGACAGCGUGGAGCGCUACGACCCCGAGACGGACUCUUGGUCCGAGGUCACCCUAAUGACCUCCGGGCGCAGCGGGGUGGGUGUGGCCGUCACCAUGGAGCCCUGCCAGAAGGACCUCCAGACGUGUCCGCGAGCGGAGCGUGACGCGGGCUCGGCGUCCCCGCCCGUUCACCACCCCCCCUCCUCCUCCUCCGCCUCCUCCGCCUCCUCCACGUCGUCCUCUUCCUCCCAGAGACACAGCGACCUCCCUGAGAGGAACACGUGAGGGCAGGGGGGGGCGGUCUUCUCCUGGAGCUCCUCUGUCUCAUCUCUUUCUCAGUCUUCCUCCACCAAAAACCUGCAAAAAACAAACAAUCACAGAUGUGCUGGAUCCGCCUCCUCACCUUUAAUCUGGGUGAGGAUUUACAGUAAAAAAAGAUUCUAUACAGUGUCUCUUUGUUUAGUUUUUUGGACCAAUUUGUCAUUUAAUGGUAAACAGUUCAGUGGGAAUCGGCCACAGAACAAUUUGUGUGUGUGUGUGCGUGUGUGUGUGAUUGGACCAAUGACUCCCCUGUUUUACCUAAUGGGAGAGAGGGCUGUGUGCUCUGAAGGGCCAUUCAUUGGCUCAGGGCUGCACCAACAGCCAAGGAUUCAUUUUAUAUUUCACAACCAGCUGUGCGUAAAAACCAAAAUACAUGGAGGAAAACUAUUUCAUAAAAUCUAUUAUUUAUAAGGAGGGUGAGAUGGGGGAUCCAUGAUAUCAUUAAGUUAGUAUCAGACAGCACAAAGCCAUUUUCCACGGCUGUAGGCUUCACUAGUCUUCAGAUUUUGUUUCUUUGGGGUGCCGGACUUGGAUCCUGCCUGGAACCCUGUAUUCUGAUUAGUGGAAAAACAGUGUACGAAAAUCCUAAAUCUCUGGCCCUAUCAAAAUGACGUCACAGGCUUUUUUUUAAGCAAAAGGAAAUCUGUUGCGUUUUUUUCAAAGUUUUGCAUCCACACGCCAAGGUUUUCAAACUAUCCUCGUCAACAAGGAAACGCAACAAUUAUAAUUACAAUUAGGGCAUUUGGCAGACGCUUUUAUCCAAAGCGACUUACAUCGGUUAAUACACACCGACAGCAGAGUCAACCAUGCAAGGCGACAGCCAGCUCGUCAGGAGCAGUUAGGGUUAAGUGUCUUGCUCAGGGACACAUCAACAAUCAGUUAGGAGGAGCUGGGGAUUGAACUAGCAACCUCUCGGUUACAAGCAACGAGAUUGCAACGAGUGAAAGGGUGUAGUAAAUAUUUCAGGCAAGUAGUUGGCGGUGUAACCUUUCUGCUUAAAUAUGCAAAAAAACGUCCACAAGCCUGUUUUAAACGGCUUCCUACCCCAACGUACCGUCAUGGUUUGCUAUAAGCUACGUUUUCGCCCCACGGCUGCGUUUUAAAAAAGCUUAACUCUGGAAGACUGAUUUCAGGUAUAAAAACCCUCUUAUGUCAUGUGGAUGCAAGGCAGACCCGCAGCAUAACUUCUUCGUUUUUAAAAACCUCUGGCGUCGUAUGGAUGGGCCUUAAAACAAAUCUAACAUGACAAAUACAAAUCAAAUGAUUGGACGUGAAUCAAGGGAAAUAGAAAUAGCCCAACUCAUAAAUUGAUAAUGGAGUUGUUGGUCUAUUCUAAAAUACUGUACGUUUUGUUGGUUGUUUAAUUUGGAAGUCUGUAGUGGGGAAAUAAUGUAGCAUUUGGUUCACAGGACACCUUUUCCAGACAACAAGAGAACCAAUAAUUAUAGAUUCUGGACAAGGUGAAUCCCACCACAUCUGGACCCAGAACGGAAACUAUGGGACACUUUUGUUAGCCAAACCUCAGAAACUCAACACGUUAUGUAGUCUGAAAUUAAAAUUGUGGGAAAUAAAAGUUGUAACAGCAUUUAAGCUACAAAAAGUUUAUAAUAAAUGUUUUUGUACAUUGAUUUUCAGUCUUCUACACAAUUUAGGUUGCGAUUUUGUUUUAAUUUAUUUGUUCUGACUCUUUGAUUUUUCUUGACCUAAACUGACAACUUUGUAUUGAGUAGGAACGCAGUUUCGUUCAAACUAACUAGCAUGUGUUAUAACUACCAGGAAGGCCUGUGAUAAGAGUUUUAAACAUUUGUAAAAAACUUUGUUUGAUUUGAAAGGGAUUUUCUUUUCCCGCGUCAGUAGUUGGAAUGAAAGAACACAAUAUUUAAUGUCUGCUUUGUACAUUUUUCAGCAAACCAUUCUCUGUAAUAAAAAAAAGUACAUCGUGGAACAACA